GCACGCCCAUUAAGCGUCCGUUUACAGUGCACAGUUCGAUUUGUUUUGGUUUAUGCAGACUGCGCUUUGUCACGGGGAGCCAAGGUCCACCGCCGUACUUUAACCUGGUUGUUACACAUCUUUGACUGACUGCCAAACCACUGCAACUCCUCCUCCGAUAUCUGUGUAUCGCCCCCCCCCCUUUCCGGGCCGCCGCUGCCUCGUAGCUCCUGUUAUCGGACCCCAGAAGCUGGCCUGCUAGUUAGCAAACAAGCUAACGAUUGCCAGGUUUCACCCAUGUCCUCUGAAGAAGCGUUCAGCUCAUCGAUCACAGAUUGGUUUUUCAUCAAUUCCUGGUGGCUCCUCCUGCCAUUCAUCAUGCUCCUCGUAGUGGCAGCCUUCAUCGUUGCCUUCGUGCUACUGUUAUACAUGAUAUCGCCUCUUAUCAGUCCCAAACCUCUGAAAUUGAACGGGGCCCACGUCGUGGUGACGGGAGGCUCAAGUGGGAUUGGAAAAUGCAUUGCAAUCGAGUGCUACAGGCAAGGAGCAUUCAUCACGCUGGUGGCACGAGAUGAGGCUAAAUUGCUCCAAGCAAAGAAAGAGGUGGAGAAAUUUGCCAUCAAUGACAAACAGGUGGUGCUCUGCAUAUCUGUGGAUGUUUCCAGUGAUUACAGCCAGGUGGAAAGUGUGAUAAAACAGGCUCAAGAGAAGCUGGGGCCUGUUGAUAUGUUGGUGAACUGUGCGGGAUCAUCCAUCUCUGGAAAGUUUGAGGAUGUGGAAGUGGACCGUUUUAAAAAACUGAUGGAAGUGAACUACCUGGGCAGCGUUUACCCGACACGGGCCGUCAUAACCACCAUGAAGGAGCGAAGAAUGGGCCGCAUUAUGUUUGUGUCCUCCCAAGCGGGCCAGAUUGGCCUGUUUGGGUACACUGCCUACUCCCCGUCCAAGUUUGCCCUGCGUGGCUUAGCGGAGUCUCUGCAGAUGGAGAUAAAGCCAUACAACAUCUAUGUGACUGUGGCCUAUCCCCCUGACACUGACACUCCAGGACUGGCUGAGGAAAACAAGACAAAGCCUCUGGAGACCAAAUUAAUCUCUGAAACCUCUGGAGUUUGUCAGCCAGAGCAAGUGGCCAAGAUCAUUGUUCGGGAUGCAGUGCAGGGGAACUUCAACAGCUCUGUGGGACCCGAUGGUUACAUGCUGUCAGCCCUCACCUGUGGAAUGUCACCUGUUACCUCCAUCACAGAAGGUCUUCAGCAGAUUGUUACCAUGGGAUUAUUUCGGACCAUCGCCCUCUUCUACCUGGGGAGUUUUGACAGCAUUGUGCGCCGCUGCAUGAUUCAGAGGGAGCAAUCAAAGGCAGCUGAUAAGAGGGAGUAACAGCAGCCUUACCUUCUUCACAGCCCAAUGCCCCCCCUCCUCCUCCUCCUCCUCCUCCUCCUCACCCACACACCCCCAUCCCAUCCCCUCCUCCAGCUGUACAAGUGCACAACCAUAGGUGGGAAAAAGGCCAAGCUUUGAGUGCGUUUCUGAUAUCAACAGAUGGGAUGAAAGGAAGCGGCAGAUGUUUACUCUUUGCUUGUCCAGUGGCGUAACUCCACCGUAGACUUCACUGUCAGUUUGAUUUUUCUAUCCUCUCUGAGCAUUCCAGUGACUUUUCUUUAGUUUAAUGUGUCCACCUGCUUCUUUUUGUGGGAGCAGCCUUACUUUAAAGGAACGAGGGCACUAAACAUCCCACAGUAGGUAGGAUUUAUGAACCACUGACUAGUUAUCAGGCCUCCUUGCCGUCGUCAUUUGCACAUGCUGUUUUUUUUUUUUUGUUUUUUUUUAAAACACAGACGGGGAAAGCAACAGAGAGCUUGUCUGACCGGUUGUGCCAAAUAUGGCUUGAUAUUCCCUCCCACCAGGGGCUAUAGUGAAAACCAGAAUGGUAACUCUAAGCAGUCAUUUUGUUUCAUGCAUCAUAGAAGUCGGUCCACAUGUAGGAAUUUCACAGUUUUCACUAAGUGAGGCCCCUCGUCUCGACCUUUUCAUACCACGAGUCUUUGCGGGCAAAGCACCUCCCUUUUUGACUGAUUAACCUCUGUGUUUGUGACCCUCAGUGUUCUGUUUAUGUUGUGGGAUGUUGUGUUAAUGUGCUCUGUGUGUGAACCAAGCCUUGAUGUGAGAGAGGAGAACUCUUCAGUGAUAUCAGAGAGAGAGAGCGAGAGCAUGUGUGAUGUUGUUUUUUUAAAUUUUACAAAUGCAAAAACAUAAUUUCCAGAAAAUAAUAAUAUUCAGACAUUUUAGACGCAGUGUUGGGGGGGAAUAUUUUUGGGUGAAUCGUGUGCAUAGAUGUGUGUGUGUGUUUUGUGUUUGCUGUGACUGAGCCAAACCCCUGGGGAGAGAAAAGCCAUUAGAUUUUAUCGUCUCGGGAAUAAACACACCAAAUUAUUUUCUCGGC